GAGCCGAGUUUAAUUGGGGCUAGGUACUCGAGUAGGUACUACUAAUAGGUACUACUAAUAUGUAUUUCACCGUAGAUGCCAUUCUCUCUGCCCCACCAAAGGCAAGGCAGCUAGCUUCCUGUACGAAGUAGAAGCUCUCCUUCGUCCCACCCCCACGUUAACCAAGACCCAACAACCGACAAAACAUAAAGUUACCUAAAUCACGACAAAAAUAAUAGUACAUUUCAGACGUUCGGCGAUAUCAAUCAUCUAGGAAUACAAUACCGUUUACGAUACUGUUCUUGCUUUACUCGCCUUGAGCGCCCAUCGCCAUGGAGCAACUCGCCGCGACGCUUCUCGCGUUCCCUGAAUCCAACAGUGCUAAUUCCAGCCUGGUCGACAACGUCACUUUUGACACCGCAGCGAAGCUCCAUGUUAGCAAGCUCUCAAAGUUACUUAAAGAUCAUAACGCCUUACUAGUUGCCCACGGCCCCCGACUCCUCGCCAUGCUUGACCCGGCUGUGCAUACCUUAUCAUAUCUCGCCGUCCUUCAUACCCUCAUCCUUCCCGCCCUAGACUCAUCUAUUCCUCGCGAUACUCUUCUGAGCAAGUUUGUGAGCUUUCUAUACGUCUUCGAUGCGCGCCAGGCCCGAUACGCUAGAAGCCACUUGCAUGACAUCUUGCUUGCUGCCGGAAAUAAUCAAUAUCUGCCGCCUUCAGUUGCUGUCGGUGCUCUUGCAACAGCUAUCCUACGACUCGAUCCGACCGGAAGCAUGCUCACCACAUCCCAUAUUCAACUUGUCAAACUUGCCUACCAGACAAACAACAUCGAACCAGCCCUUCCAGUACUAGACAAGAAUAUCGUAUACUUCCCCGGCAUGGCCAGCUACGGCGAGCCUAAAUUCCUCUGCGAUCUAUCCUUACCACCCCCAGCCUACCUCUCUCGAGAAACAGGGCUCACCACCAACUUGAAAUCUUCCCUCAUCUUAGAAUAUGAUAUGUUUCGUGGUAUGUCAUACUGUACCUUAAGAGAUUGGGCGAAAGCCUAUGCAGCCUUCGAAAGAGUCGUCACAUAUCCUACGCGCGAAGGUGGCGCAAGCAAAAUCAUGGUUGAGGCUUACAAAAAGUGGGUGUUGGUCAGCUUGCUCUCUACAGGAAAGCUUUCAGACCCCCCAUCAUACACCGGGGCCGCAGCGAACAAGCUCUAUGGAAAUAUCGGAAAGCCAUACACAGCGCUCGCAGUGCUAUUCGUGACCGACAAGGCCCAGGGACUAAAGGCCGAGGUUGAAAAGAACACACAGAUAUGGUUAGAAGAUGGAAAUACCGGGUUGGUCCAGGAAGUCCUCGCGGCGUAUCAGAAGUGGCAGGUUCUGGGCCUAGAGCAGAUCUACUCUAAGAUUUCGCUCUCCGAGAUCCGUAAACAGACCACAAGUGCGGAGACAGGAAACAUGCUCCAGAAGGACGAGGACGUGCAGACUCUUGUCCAAAACAUGAUAAUAUCCGGUAUGUUGAACGGGGUGGUCGAGAAGAACGACGACGGCACGGCUUUCCUUACCUUCCUAUCUCCGUCUACACAACUCUCAGAGAAGGAAUUCGCUACGGAGCUCGCUGGAACGGCAGCCCGGUUGAAGCAACUACAGCCCAUCUUCAAGACGACAAAGGAGCGCCUGGGCACUAGCAAGGAGUACAUUAAGCAUGUGACCAAGGAGAAACUCCGAGGCGAUAAAAAUGAACCGGAUCCAACCCUCGCAUUCGAUGCUCACGUAGAUGACGAAGAUUUGAUGGGCGGUGUAGUUGCUACUGGCUGAGCGUGGCCACGACGCUUCUUACCACCCAUUUGGCCAAUGGGUCGGACUGGAGCCUGAAUAUAUUUUAAUCAAGCCCGAGAUUCGAGGUUGAACCUUCGAACCUUGGAUAGGUAGACGGCCGCUAAGUUGGUUUGGAGGGGGGUCCGAAAACCGACAUGUCACGAUUGCACGUUCUUAUGCGGCGGCGUUUAGAGGACAGACAUUUGCAUCUGCAGGCAGCUGUGCCCAUGGAUAUGGCUUGGAAUGCCAUUUAGCUAGAGACGGAACGACGGACGACAGCUAAGAAUCGUCGGACCUCUCGGCUUGUUAGACAAUAGCAGAAUUAAGAAUAACGGCACUGAUAUCCCAUUUACUACUAUU